AUGAAGCCUACCGUGCCCGUUCUGCUGUGCCUGGGGACCCUCCCCAAACCCAGGCACUUGGUCGAGCCGAACUCUGUGAUCCCCUGGGGGAGUUCUGUGAGCAUCUGGUGUGAGGGGAUGCUGGGGGCCCAGAAGUACCAUCUGUACAGAGAAGAAAGAUCAAGGACCUUGGAACCAUCAAUCCUACUCCCCAACAAGGCCGAGUUCCCCAUCUCAUCCCUGACAAAAGAUGAUGCAGGGCGAUAUCGCUGCUCCUAUCACAGCCCUGCUGGCUGGUCAAACCACAGUGACCCACUGGAGCUGGUGGUGACAGUCUACAGCAAACCCAGCCUCUCAGCCCUGCCCAGCCCUGAGGUGACCUCAGGCGGGAACGUCACCCUGCAGUGUGGCUCAAGGCUGGGAUAUGACAGGUUCGUUCUGACUGAGGAAGGAGGAGACAAGCUCUCCUGGUCCCUGGACUCACAGCAAAGCCUCGCUGGGCAGGUCCAGGCCCUGUUCCGUGUGGGCCCUGUGACCCCCAGGCAGAGGUGGCUGUUCAGGUGCUACAGCAGUGACAGGAGCAAACCCCAAGUGUGGUCAAAAUCCAGGGACACCCUGGAGCUCCUGGUCUCAGGGCUGUCCAGGAAGCCCUCCCUCCUGACCCAGCAUGGCCCUGUCCUGGACCCUGGACACAACCUGACCCUCCAGUGUUGCUCUUCCCUCAGCUAUGACAGAUUCCCUCUGUCCAAGGAAGGAGCAGGUGACAUUCCCCAGUGCCCUGGGGGCCGCUACAGAUGCUACGGUGGACACAGCCUCCCCUCCGAGUGGUCGGCCCCCAGUGACCCCCUGGACAUCCUGAUCACAGGACAGCUCCCGGGCACACCCUCCCUCUCGGUGCAGCCGGGACCCGCGGUGUCCUCAGGAGAGAGUGUGACCCUGCUGUGUCAGUCACAGACCUGGAUGGACACUUCUUACUGUCCCAGGAAGGGCAGCCAAUCCACCCCACUACAUUUGAGAUCAGAGUCCCGAGCUCAGCAGUCCCAGGCAGAAUUCUCCAUGAGAGCUGUGAGCUCAGCCCUCAGGAGCUACAGGUGCUAUGGCUCUCCCAGACCCUUCCCCCACUUGCUGCCACAGCUGUGCCCCGUGGAGCUCGCAGCCUCAGUCUCCCCAGUGGUGAGUGUGGGAUAUGAAAAAUGA